AUGGCUAUGGGAAAAUAUUCUCGUGUUGAUGGGAGGAAGUCAUCCAACUACUGUUCUAUAGUCACCGUGGUUGUGUUUGUUGCGUUGUCUUUAGUUGGGGCUUGGAUGUUUAUGUCAUCAUCUGUGCCAGUUCAAAAUUCAGACUCACCGUCCCAAGAGAUUGUGAAUGACUUGAAACGAGUGGCCAGUGAAAAUAAUUCUAAGCAAUUUGAAGACAGUCCUGGUGAUUUACCGGAGGAUGCAACAAAAGGAGACAGCAACAGUACUGUUGAUUCUCAAAGUGAUAGCCAAUCUGAUGUCCACGAUGACCAAAAUGUGACUGAAAAAGAGAGUGAAAGUACUGUUGAGGAUAACAACGAUGAGAAGACUGAGUCUAAGAAUAUGGUUGAAGAAAAUCAUGAGAAGACUGAAUCUCAAGAGGAACAAAAGACGGAGACUGAAAAUAAUGAGGAUGGAAAAACAGAGGAUAGAGAGUCAAAUUCAGAAGCUAGAGAGAUGCAAGCUCAAGGUUAUGAAACAAAUAAAAGUGAGCAAACGGAAUCAGAGGAGAGCUCAGGGGAGAAUGCAAACGAAAAUAACCAGGAAGGUGCUACUGAGAAUAACGUGGAUACUCAAGAGAAUGAUCAAACUUCCAUUGAUAUUUUACCUGCCGGUGCACAGUCAGAACUUUUAAAUGAAACUGAUACUCAAAAGGGGGCUUGGUCAACUCAAGCAGUGGAGUCCCAAAAUGAAAAGAUAUCACAAAAAUCUUCAAUAUCUAAGGAUCAAUAUGGUCAUGAAUGGAAACUUUGUAAUGUCACUGCUGGACCAGACUAUGUUCCUUGCCUUGAUAAUUGGUAUGUUAUAAGAAGGCUCCCAAGCACAAAGCACUAUGAACAUCGAGAGAGGCACUGCCCUCAAGAAGCUCCGACUUGUCUGGUAUCCGUACCUGAAGGAUAUAAACGCUCAAUUAAGUGGCCUAAAAGCAGGGAGAAGAUCUGGUACUAUAAUGUUCCCCACACCAAACUUGCUAAGAUUAAGGGACAUCAAAAUUGGGUUAAAGUUUCUGGUGAAUAUCUUACUUUUCCAGGUGGAGGAACUCAGUUCAAGCAUGGUGCGCUUCAUUAUAUAGAUUUCAUCCAGGAUUCUCAUCCUGAUAUUGCAUGGGGAAAAAGAACCAGAGUGAUAUUGGAUGUUGGGUGUGGGGUGGCGAGUUUUGGAGGUUAUCUUUUUGAAAGAGAUGUUCUUGCAAUGUCAUUUGCUCCCAAGGAUGAACAUGAAGCCCAGGUUCAAUUUGCACUUGAAAGGGGUAUCCCUGCAAUGUUGGCUGUUAUGGGCACCAAGAGAUUACCCUUCCCUAGUUCUGUUUUUGAUGUUGUUCACUGCGCACGCUGUAGGGUUCCUUGGCAUAUUGAAGGUGGUAAACUUCUUUUGGAGCUGAAUCGAGUUUUGCGACCUGGUGGUUACUUUAUCUGGUCUGCCACCCCAGUUUAUCGAAAGGUUCCAGAAGAUGUGGGCAUUUGGAAAGCUAUGUCCAAACUAACAAAGUCAAUGUGCUGGGAUCUAGUGGUGAUUAAGGAGGACACACUAGAUGGUGUUAGUGCUGCAAUAUAUAGAAAGCCAACUUCCAAUAACUGUUACAGUAACAGACCCCAAAAUGAGCCUCCACUUUGCAAAGAAUCGGAUGAUCCAAAUGCAGCAUGGAAUGUCCCACUUGAGGCAUGCAUGCAUAAAGUUCCCGAAGAGGCAUCAGUGCGUGGGUCUCGUUGGCCUGAGCAAUGGCCACAAAGGCUGGAGAAACCACCAUACUGGUUGAAUUCUCAGGUUGGAGUUUAUGGUAAAGCUGCACUGGAGGAUUUUGUUGCUGACUAUAACCAUUGGAAAAAUGUUGUCUCCCAAUCUUAUUUGAAUGGGAUGGGAAUCAACUGGUCUUCUGUGAGAAAUAUCAUGGACAUGAGAGCUGUAUAUGGAGGGUUCGCUGCAGCACUGAAAGACUUGAAAGUGUGGGUUAUGAAUGUAGUCCCAAUCGACUCUGCAGACACACUUCCAAUAAUUUACGAGCGUGGUUUAUUUGGAAUGUAUCAUGAUUGGUGUGAAUCAUUCAAUACCUAUCCUAGAACUUACGAUCUUCUCCAUGCUGAUCAUCUCUUCUCCAGUCUCAAAAAGAGGUGCAACUUAGUAGCAGUAAUAGCAGAAGUUGAUAGGAUCCUGAGGCCAGAAGGAAACCUGAUUGUGCGGGACAAAGUUGAAAUCAUUGGUGAGAUUGAGAGCCUGGCCAAAUCUCUGAAAUGGAAAAUCCAGAUGAUCUACUCAAAAGACAGCGAGGGACUGCUUUGUGUUCGCAAGACAAUGUGGCGUCCUACAGAAUCGGAAGCAAUAAUGUCAGCCAUUAUAUAA